CUAUACUUUUAUCUCACUUAAUUUACAUUUAAUUUUAUACCUUUGCGGCUCGCUUGUUUAGAAUUUUAUGUUUACUAAACUUAACGAGAAAAUAUUGCCUUGAAAAAUACCUUUCAUUGGUAAAUCACCGUAAAUGUUGCAUUUUUUCAACGUUUAACAUACAGGGGCAUAUGCUUAAUAUGGUAAAUCGUGCCUGGAUAAAAUUAUAUAAUUCCUCGUUUCUUUCAGUCUUUUCUGGAUUGUCUUGGCGAGCCGCGAACUCCAUAAAAAUUAUACAUAUUUUUAUUCAUAUUGACAGAUGGAUUAUGAACUGGUGAUUAUCUGAUAGUUUGAUAUGACUGGGAUGUUCUCCGAUUAAUGGUGUCUCUUAUCAGUAGUCUUCUCUGCCCGAAACUGACUGAAAUUUCUUCGCUGGUUUUGUUGAUACGACCUGUUAUUUUCUGUUUUGGAUUUUGCGGCUCAAAUCAUCAUGUCACGAGCGCGCGCACAGGCUCAGCCAACGCGCAUACAGCCAGCUCGUAAUGCGACUUCCAGUUUAAAUGGACUGGAAUCCCAGAUCAGCGAAGUUACCCUUGUGGAUCCGGAGGAGGAGAAGAAGCAGAAGCGCUUAACGAAGCAGGAAUCCACCCUUCAAAAAUGCUUGGCCAAUGUCAGUGAAACACAAGGUUUAACUCAUGACAUCUUGAUGCGAUGUGGACAGUUAAAUAGUGUUCAACAACUGCUCAGCGUCGGAGCAGACUCCCUGGAAGACGCAGCGCUUAAUCAAAUCAAAGCAGAAUGGAAGGCAACCAAACAUGACGACAUUGUCGCUAUUCUGAGGCGCGUUGUGCUCUGUAAAGAGAAUUAUCAGCCGAGGACCGCCAGCAACAUCGGAACCGAUCCGUCUCUCAUUUCUAGCCAUAACACUCUCGCUGAAGCUUUGGUGUCGUUUCUCGAGGGCAGCUGGAUGAUUUUUCGGAUAUUCCGAAAUAUUUCUAGGCCUGCCCUGGAUGAUAGUAACUACUGCGCUACCGUGAUAAUGCCUUGUGUUGUGGAUCUCCAUAAGUUGGCCAAGUUUGUGCAUUGUAGUGUCAAGCGAAAUCUUUUGCGCCUGCUUGUUGGAUUGUGGGCUCAUUUGACUGCGAUGUUUAAUGGGCCUUUUUAUAAUGAGAUCAUGAGGGAAAUAUAUAAACUUUUCUCGACAUGCGAAGAUUAUGCCCAGCAACUACAACUUUGUGUCAUGAUGGGGUUUUUGUGCCAGAAAUCUGUCACCAUUGUUCGCGCGAUUGGAUACAAAGUGGGUUUGCGCAUGUGGUUAAAAGAUUUCGUGUCUAUUUUCCGCAAUUGCUCACCGACGGAUUCGCCGAUUCCCAACUUUGCCUACGAGGCGGUUAAUUUCACUAAUGAGCGUCGCGGGAUUCACCGCAAAGUUUUCUCCUUCCGCUUGAAUACUCCUUGUUACGCAUCUUCCGACCAAAGUGAUUUUCCACCGGUUCCUGUUUAUAACCCUUUUAUUUCCAACGAUGAAGCGCCGGAUCAGUGGUGUUUGAGCUUUAGCUUAGGCUCACAAACGAUGUGUUUUGAACUGGAAGGGACAGCCGGCCGAUUUUUUGUUUGGAUACCCUUUGACGACAUUGUCGUGGUGGACGUUUCAUCGGAGCACGACAGCGUUAUCCUUCAAAUGAUUUUUACCAAAGCCUUGUCGGAAUAUUACGACGGGAAUUGUGCCAAUGUCAUUAAUCCCGUUGGAUUUUGUGAUACCGUUAGCUUCCAUUUGGGUGGUGCGCUUGCAAAUUUAGGAUUGCUGGAAAAAGCCCUUCAGCGUUGUUUUGGGCACCGUUGUGGAACGGCGACGUUUCAUGGAGAAUGGAAUGUACCGGAGCUGGGAAAGACCAAUAACCCGUUCUAUCGAAUAAAGAAAUCCCUCGGAGUCGUUGCGGAAGCGUCAGAUAAGAUCGACGAAAACGAUGCGUGUGUGCUUGUGAGAGAAACCAUCGUCGAACGACGCUUUGCGGGUGAGAAAAAGGUAGAAGGAAAGAGAAGUCGCGCGCAAUCGCAAGCUUCAACAUCCGCUGAUGUUUCCUGUGUUGAAAUCUCAUCCGACGAUAAACCGACCGCACAACGAAACAGCAACCCAGAAAUUACUACACCGACGAUUUCACCCAGUAAGAGUGUUAUCCUGGAUGAUUGCGAGUCAGCGGCGCUUAGUCCCAUCCAACCGAACGAUUUGGCUCCGUCCGAUGACGAUGAUUGUAUUUCUCCCGCUGGUGUCCUUCACUUGCCAGAUACAGAUCUCACAUCGCAGGAAUUUGAAGACAUGUUACAUAGCUCGCGUGGCGGCAUGUCGAUCAACGUUAAUGGCCAGUCAUUAGUUUGUACACCCAUGAAAGGUGUCAAUGCACCUAUCACGGUAACUUCAGUUUGUCAACCUGCUGCUGUCAGUACGAGCAACCGAGCUAAUCGAGACCGUUUGCCUCUGGAGCAGAUCUCCAACGAGGCCAAUGCGAUGGAAGCUGGGAAACGUCUUCGAAGUCGGACGACCGGAAAUUCGUCUACACAGAGUAUUUCAGCUGAUGUUGUCACUCUGGAUUGACGCAAAAAUUUAUGCGGUUGUUGUUUUUUUCAGUAAAUGCGCUGUCGUUUCAUGGUACUGAAUUGGAUAUAAUCGUUUUUGUACAGAUUUAUGGGUGAAGUUUGCGGAACCUGAUAAAGUUUUCUAAAUUUGUAUCCUAGCGGUUGUUUGUCUUGAUCAAAAGUUGAUGCGUCGAACCAUUUCUGUGACACGGAUGGCCAGUUUUUAAAAUGUACGGAAUUUUACGCUAGGAAGAAGAGUUGAA